UCCUCCCGCCAGUCUCCUUCCUCGGACACGAACAUCCGCUUGUCCAGACGUAAAUAGCAAGAACAGAAAUAUGUGCGACGACGAAGCGACUGCCCUGGUCAUUGACAAUGGUUCUGGCCUCUGCAAGGCCGGUUUCGCCGGAGACGACGCCCCUCGUGCCGUCUUCCCCUCCAUCGUCGGUCGCCCCCGUCACCAGGGUGUGAUGGUCGGUAUGGGUCAGAAGGACGCCUACGUCGGCGAUGAGGCCCAGAGCAAGAGAGGUAUCCUCACUCUCAAGUACCCUAUCGAACACGGUAUCAUCACCAACUGGGACGACAUGGAGAAGAUCUGGCAUCACACUUUCUACAACGAACUCCGUGUUGCUCCUGAGGAAUCUCCCGUCCUCCUCACUGAGGCUCCUCUCAACCCCAAGGCCAACCGCGAGAAGAUGACUCAGAUCAUGAUUGAAACAUUUAGCUGUCCUGCCAUGUACGUGGCCAUCCAGGCCGUGCUGUCCCUCUACGCCUCUGGUCGUACUACUGGUAUCGUUCUGGACUCUGGUGAUGGUGUGUCUCACUGUGUCCCCAUCUAUGAAGGUUAUGCUCUUCCUCACGCCAUCAUGCGUCUCGACUUGGCUGGUCGAGACUUAACCGAUUAUCUCAUGCGAAUUCUUACCGAACGCGGUUACUCAUUCACUACUACAGCCGAGCGUGAGAUCGUCCGUGAUAUCAAAGAAAAGUUAUGUUAUGUCGCCCUCGACUUCGAAGGUGAAAUGGCACAGGCAGCCGCUUCGUCUUCCGUGGAGAAAUCUUACGAACUUCCCGACGGUCAAGUCAUCACCAUUGGCAAUGAACGUUUCCGAUGCCCUGAGGCUCUCUUUCAGCCUUCCUUCUUGGGCAUGGAAUCUUCAGGUAUUCAUGAAACUGUUUAUCAAUCUAUCAUGAAGUGCGACGUCGACAUCAGGAAGGACCUGUACGCCAACACCGUCAUGUCUGGAGGCACCACCAUGUACCCUGGUAUCGCUGACCGCAUGCAGAAGGAAAUCACAACUCUGGCUCCUUCCACCAUCAAGAUCAAGAUCAUUGCUCCACCUGAGCGCAAAUACUCCGUGUGGAUCGGCGGCUCCAUCUUGGCCUCUCUCUCCACCUUCCAGUCCAUGUGGAUUUCCAAAGACGAAUACGAUGAAUCUGGCCCCGGAAUUGUUCAUCGCAAGUGCUUCUAAGUUGUCGAUUUCAUAUUUAUAUUGAUAAGAGUAAAUUCACUUAUAAGUCCGGAUUUUCUAAUGUGCGGUAGCUAAGAUAAGAAGUACCUGAGAUAAAUUGGAGCUGAAGCGGGGUCAUUUUCAGUCCAUGUAAAAUUUACUCCUGUGAUUGUCUGAUGUAAGAUUAACGAAUAUAGAGAUAUAUUUGGUUUUUA